CCCCCAUCACCCCCCUUCACCCCACGACACCGGCACAUACCCGAGCCUGCCGCGCCUCGUCGUCCGUUCUCCGACGCCGCACCCCUCUUCUCUGCCGCACCGCCUCUGCACGGCAGCGCCGCACCGCCGCGCGCGUCCUGCUAGAUCAUCCGGCCGCCUCUCGCUCGAGCAGAGUCGCCUCAGCAGCGCUGCCCCUCGGCGCCGAUCGUGGCUACCCGAGCGCUGCAUAGACGCCGUUGCGUGCCAAGCCUCUCAUUGAGCGCCUGCGCUGGUCAAUAUCCGCCUGCGUCGAUCACUGCACCUGCCGCCCGUGCGUGCCUGAUCGCCGUGCCGCACACGCGCUACUCCACCGCGCGAGCGCUCUGCUUGUUCUCGAGCGAUACAAGAGGCUCUGUCCUCUCGACCUAGACGCCGCAUCCGCACUCGCUCCUCGCCCAGCUUCGUUCUCACGAUGAGGCUGCACUCGCUCCUGGCGCUCGUGCCUGUGGCGGCCAGCACCGCCCAGGCGCUCAGCUUCACCACCAGCUGGCCGUCGCAGUGCCGUCCGCUCAACAUCACCUGGCCCGUCGAGAGCUCGCGCCAGUACCCGUUCACAGUUGCGGUGAUGGCCAACGGCUUUGCUGCUCAAACGUACAACAUCGACUCGAGCUACCAGAGCGGCGCCUCGGAACUGACAUUCCAGUGGGACGUGCCGCCACCAGCCGGCUCGUUCUCGAGCGGCUUCGUGGUGUCAGUGGCCGAUGCUCUUGGCGCGGGCAACACGUCCCAGCUGCUGGUGCCCGACACGCGCGAGUCGAGCAACACGGGCUGCGCGCCUUACGGCGUCACCACCGCCUUCAGCUGGGCGGCAGACAACACGGGCAGUGGCGCUCUCGGCGAGCGUGCCUCAUGCACGCCUGUCCGCUAUUACCCGGUUGGCAGCCUGCGCGGCACACGCCCGUUCACGAUCACGAUGGCGCCCUUCAAUGGCGUGCCAAUCUCGAUCACGGUGCCCGAUGCAUCGACGCAGAACAUCAGCUACUUCAUCCACAACCUCACCGUCCCCUUCACCGAGGGCACGUCCUUCAUCACGAUGCUCGGCGACGCCACGGGCAGCGGCAGCGGCGGCUCGAGCCCCGUGGCGACGGUGCGCUCCAACUCGACGAGCUGCAUCGGCCGCACGGUGGCCAACUCCAUCGAACGCGCCAUUCCUGUUGGCUCGCUCAGCGCCUCGUUCCGCAACGAGGCGGGCGCGCUCACGCAGGACCAGGCCAAUGCCAUGUUCGGCGGCAGCUCUUCCUCCUCUGCUGGCACGCCCGGCAGCACGUCGGGCAGCGGCAACAGUGGAGGCGGAGGCGGCGGAACGAACGGCGGUCUCGUCGGCGGUAUCAUCGGCGCCGUCAUUGCUGUGGCAGUCAUCGUGGCCGCGCUCGUCGCCUUCCUGAUCUACCGGCGACGGCAGCGUGCGAAGCGUGACGAGGCGCGCAAGGAGCAGCCGCAGUUCAUCGACCUCGAUGGCGAUGAGGACGGACCUGGCUCGUCUGCGGCGCUUGCUGCACGUCGCGGCCGCAACAGCGGCGGCGUCAGCCAGUCCUACGCACCCACGCCGUUCACGUAUGACCCUGCAGCGGCCGGAUCGUCUCCGGACCUUGCGGCUGCGUACCGCGACGAGCCGCUGCGCACGCCGAUGCGCCCCGGCAGCUUCUCGGGCCAGUCUGGCCGCGGUGCCUCCAUCUCGGGCGUAUCAGCUGCCGGCAUGCGCUACCCUCCCUCGCCGGGCACCGCGCUCUCCGAUGGCGGCCGCUCUGGCUGGCAGGGCACUAGCACCAUGCACGGCAGCGAGGCGGGCGCCGACUUCAUGAGCGCCACCAGCCACGGACCCGGCAGCGUCGCGGCAGGCAGCGCCUACCGCCUGUCGGCGCGCAACGCUGAGCCGGCUGGCGACGCUCCGCCGCUGCCGGUCAAGGGCGCGCUGCCUGGCGACGAUGCGGCUGUGGGCUCGUCGUCGCGCUACAUCCAGCACAGCGAUGCCGGACCGAUGACGCCUGCUCAGCCGGCCGAAGAUGCCGUCGAGGAGCUGCCGCCAUCGUACGGCGGAUGGGCCGGCAACACGCGUGCUCCAGCACCAUGAGGCUCACGAUCCAGCGCGUCACGGCCCCAGCAUUCUCGUUCCCGACUCCCAUACAUACAGCUCGCCGCACCUUCACUCUUUCUCGAUUCCGUCGACGCUCGUUCCGCUGCGUCGCCACGCCCUCUGCUAUCAAGGUCCCUCUGCGCUCAGGUCAUCUCUCCUCUUGCGCGCCGAGCCUAGCUAUAGCGCCCUCUGUCCACUUGCACUUUUCCUCGUCGUCUCCGGCGGCCCACCUGCUCGCCGGCGUCGCACCACACACAGGCAUGUUCUUCCUUUUGGCUGCCGUCAUGACAUAUCCAGAUCCAUCCGUCUCUCACAUCACGCUCGUCCGCCUGUACGCAGGCUUCCCUCCCUCUCUCGAGUCAAGUGCCUCUGCGCUGCGCUCCCUGCAUACAUCGACGCUUGACCAGCCCGCUGCACGCAAGAGUGAGGUUGAUAAAUAGAUGCGUUGCCAUCAGA